AUGGGGAACAACUGUAGCAAGGCAAAGCUUCCAAGAUCUAUCGAGGCCGAUUUUUCGAAAGGCCGCAAGCUCAGGUGGCAUGCCUACAAUUCACUGACAUUUUCUAAUGCAUUCGAAGUCCAAGCCAAAACUCCAUUACUUUCUCGGAUGCAAGAAUUUCCAAAACUUCUGCCAACGCUGAACCUGACCGAAUCGACGAAUCAUGAUCCGGCGAACCGACAAAAGAUAUUGGAGGAAUGGGCAAUUCUCUUUAAUAAAGUCUUCUUUGGGGGCAAUGUUCGGACCGGUCCUGUACAAUAUACCCUAUCACCUCCCGAAGCUGGAGUGAGCGACGCAAUUUGCUGGUUCAACAACGAGACCAAGAAAAUUCAUCUAAAUCUCGAAAACCGUAACGUCAAAGAUGGUGAGUCCGAAUCGGAAUACACCUGCUCCCUAAUAAGCGCCCUUCUUCAUGAAAUGCUGCAUGCAUUUAUCGAUUUCUACUCCGAUAAAAAAGACUUACCGGCCGCCAAAGGAGGAGAAGGCGAAAAUGGACAUGGUCCUGUCUGGGCCGAUUGCAUGAUAAUCUUACAGGACUGGCUUCAACCCGCCAUUGAAUGGGAUCCCUACUGCCAGAUUGCAUGUGGAGUUAGUGGUAGCAUGGAAGCUGAAGGCUGGGAAGCGACAAAUGAGCAGCUAGCACGAUGGGGAGUCUUGCAGAUUUACCUAGAUGGUGAGUUUUGCUUGGUCGAUCGUAGAUAUUGUGGCUGCUGCCAUCAUACACAUCUUUUUGACCAACAAGUCAAGCAACCGGAGUCAGCCACCUGA